GGUGCGCCAUCGUGGCUGCUAACUUCAAGGAAUCACGAUGUUCCUGCCUAUCUUCCUUGCGUUCUUCGUCGCCGCCUAUGGCGCGACAGUGCACGACGCCAACGUCUUCAUGGACCAAGUGCUCGAGCGGGAGAUUCCCCAGCUAUCGCAAAAAUUCGGGAUGGACCCCCUGAAGGCGCAGCCUUACUUCUCCGACCUGGGAACUCGGGACGAACUUCGCGCCAACCUCAAGGACGUCAAAAUCACCGGCCUCAGCCAGGUUCGGCGAUCCGGAGACUGCAGCCAGCCGGGCUACUCUUCCCCUGGUCGCCUCACAGUCAGCUGCAACGUGCUCCUGGAUCGCCUGAGCGUCCACAUCGUCUCCGACAUACGGUACAUGGGAGGCCCGGAGAGGACUGUCCGCACAGUGGCCACGAUCGCCCCCAACUACGCGCUGCUCGAGGCUACAGCCGUUGAGGGGCGCAUACCCGAGGUCCGACUGAAGCCCCUCAAGCCCUUCGCUUCCACGCUCAAUUUCACCGGACUCGGAGACAUUCCCCUUGAGCGUGGGUUAACGAGAGGCUUCACCUACGAAGUGGGCCAAAUCCUAAAGCGCGAGCUCAAGUCCGAGUACACGGAAUAUCUUGUUCACGCCUUAACAAAAGUUCCCUUUCCCCUCUGAACGUUCUUGACGUGUGCGUCGUUUGCAACGUGAAUAAAGACAAAAAUAAAAGCUCCCUUUAUUUUUGCGA